AUGCCGAUGGACUGGGAGUGGGGCUCCCUUCCCCUCAGCUCCACCAAUCCUCCAACUCCUGAAGCCCGCGAGCGGAGGAACGAGGCCCUUGCCGCAAGCGGGACCUGGACGAGGUGGACCCGGAUCCAUACGUGCACUGGACCCAACUCAAGAUGGGCGGAACCCACGCUUCACGCCCUGGUUGUGGAGCACGCUGCUCCGCUACAAGCUGAGGUUGGCCAGGAGUUCCUGGAGAGACUCACCUCUCAGGGCAAGAAGAACAAGGCUCCGGUGCCUGAAGCCGGCUCGAGCGUCGCUCCCCCUGCCAAGCGCGCCCGGCAAGAAAUUGGCGGGAAGGUGGUCACCACUAAGCGCUACCGGAAGCGAGAGAUGCCGGUUGCUUCCGGGGCUGCGCUCAACCUAACCAAGAGCGCCACCGGCAUGAGGCCGAAAAACUCCGAGGAGGCCGCCCAGGCCUCACCUCCUCCUCAAGUUCCUCCCGUCCCGAAGAAGAAAAAGAAGAAGACUCCUGCUUCCUCCCCCUCUAAGACCGUGCCGGAUUCUUCCGCGCCGGCAAGCUCUGCCCCAGCAAAGAACGCGCCUGAAGCUCCUACGCCACCCAAGACUGCGUCAACGCCUCCUCCGGCAAGGUCAACCGGAGAGCCCGCCACCAUCAAGCCAACUCCAUCAGAGGGCACCAAGUUCAUCGCCCAGCAGCUUGCUGCGGUGGUCACGACGGCAAGCUCCCCUUCCUCCGGCUCGCAGUCGCUCGUACUGCACACCGGUCGCGCCACCGUUGCUGCUGGUGAGACGGCCUCAGCUCAGCUAGGCCAGAUCACGGAGCUUAGCCGCGGGGGAGCUGAUCUGGGUCAUCUGCUUGAUUACGCUAAGAAGUGGAAUCAAGCGGAUUUGUCCCCAGCGACGCUUGGCCUUGGCAAGGACAAGCUGCCGGUGGUGGACCCGGCAGGCCCCCGGAGCAUCGGGCAGCACUUUGGCUGCCUCAGGCGCGCAGUCAAAGAGUUUGACACCGCUUGGCACGAUGCCAAUAACAACGUGGUGCUCUCCGCGCUCAAGGCUGAAAAGGAGCAGCUCGUCCUGGCGCACCGUAAAGCUCUGGACGCCCAGGAGGCUAUCUCCGCUAAGCUGAAGGAGCAGCUCAUGCAGGCUGAGCUCCGGCAUGACCAGGAGCGGAAGGAGGACCAGGCUGCAGCUGAGGCCAAGUUGGAUGAAUCCUUGAAGGAGUUCACCGACAACAGCGUGGUGCUGCGGGCGGAGCUGGAGGAGGAGACCAGGGCGCGGAAAGCAGCGCCAGACCGGAUCGCCACGCUCACCACGGACCAGGCUGAGUAUGACCGGUUGGUCAUGCAAACCGAUGCGCUGGCCCUCAGGCUCUUCCCAGACUCACAGCCACACGCGCACAAGAAGGUGAUGGAGCGCAGAACUGAACAAGCCAUGAGCAACCCGGAAGCAGCCUGGGAUGCUUAUGACCACUUGGUCGCGCUCUCGACCCGGAUCCAGCACAUGCGAGUCGUGGACCGGCAUCUUGUUGAUCUACCGGAUGUGGCCAUCCAGAUCUUCAAAGUGCUGUGGCCUGGGGAGGAGGUGCCGGCUAACCUGAGUCUCACCUCCGAAUGCUUGAAGGAUGCCGGACGGAGGAUCCGGGAGUGGCAGCUCCGUGGCGACGCUCCCACCGACAAGGAUCCAGUCCUCACCGCGAAGCGGAAGAACCGCGCCUACCGGAUAGCGGAGUACGCCCCGAUCCGCACCUUCAUUCCUCCUCCUCCCGAUGUUAGGGACACGCUCACUGAUGACGAAGGAGAAGAGGAUGAGGAAGAUGAGGAUGUCGGAGAAGGCGAUGCCCCUCCGGAAGCUGGCGGUGCUCCUCCGGAAGCUCCUGAAGCCAGUGAUGCUCCUCCUGAAGCCCCUGUUGCUUAG